AUGGCAACAACCGACUGGGCACAGCUACAGCCACAGCCACAGCCAGAAUCACAGCCAGAACCAGAGCCUGUUCCUGCGCCUGCGGCAGCAUACUCUCAUUCGUCCAAGUCAAGUGGAGGAGGCACAGGUGUCGGUGCUGGUGUCGGUACCGGUGUCGCCAUCGACAUGGCUGGGGUGCAGCGCGAGUCCGACUUCGUCCCACUUCCCCGACAUUACCUGGCCGCGCUCUGCCAAGACUACGUCGACAUCGUGUUCCCCAUGUACCCGAUCAUGUCGCCGUCGGAUGUCGAGGUCUCGAUUGGCGCGGUCGACACGGAUGCGGACCACCGGUCGUUCGUGUACGCGCUGGCGGCGGCGACCAUGAGCAUCACCAGCGCGCAGUCACGCCACGAGGCAACCGACGUGGUGCAGCGGAUCAUAUCGCUCUGCCGCGAGUCGCUCACGGUGCGGCGGCCGCUGCUGUCGCGAGACACGGUGUCGGUGCGGCUUAUCAUGACGUCGGUCUUCAUCCAGAUCAGCCUCGCCGAGAUCCAGGACGUGGCGACAGCGUGGUUCCAUCUGCGCGAGGCCACGACCAUGACCCAGAUCCUGCGCGUCGACCACGUCGACGAGCUGGCCCAGCUGGAUCUCCCGGCCCGCGCGCGCCUGCAAAGGCUGUACUGGAUGCUAUUCAUCCAUGAACGGUUUCUGGCCCUCUGGGACUACCGUCCCGUCUCGUUGGCCCCGCUCGCGACCCUGCCCGAGCGUGACUCGGCCGUGCCACAUGCCAUUCAGACCGGCUUCGACCGCAUCAUCAAACUCUUCCGACUGGUCGACUCGACCUUUCUCGACGCCCGAUCGAAUUCGACCUCGCCCUUGACCUCCAAUCCGAAACCGAACCCCGUCCCGUCCCUGACCUAUGACUGGGUCCGGCAGAAACAAGCGGCACUGGGACAAGACGAUGAUGCAGCCGAUGUCUACGACUCCCACGAUGCCCCCGGAUCAAAAUCCCUGUCCGAGAUGCAGCACAUCGACCUGAUCAUCACGCGUACCUGGCUACGGAUCUUGCUGUGGCAGACGGCCAUGGGGGCGGGACUAUUAAGCAGGCUGUCAUUGGAUGCAGAUGGCACCCCCGACCCCCAUCCAGGGAAUGCGUCCAUGUCCCCGUUCUUCCCCGUCCGACUGGCUCCUGUACUACGAUCGUCGCUGACCAACACGUCUCUGGCGGCACUCGAAAGCCACGGCUGUUGUCUGCUGCAGAAGCUGUUUGAGAUUGUCAACACCAUCGCCGACGUCCUGGUGCACGUGUCGGUGCCGGCGCCGGCAUCUGUGACCGCUGCUCCGACUUCCCCCUCCAACCUGGCAGAAGGCGCCGAACACAUGAGUCAUCUUCUGUUUCUGGUUCGCUUCCUCCUGAAUCUGUGCUGGAAGAGCCCUGUACGCAGUCAGAUUCUCAAUAGACGAAUAGAGGGCCUGUGUCUCAAGUUUCUCGAUCUGCAGAGAGUGAUUACGGAGAAUUCACCAUUGCCAUCAUCCCUUGUAGUGACAGCUGCAAGUUGA